UACGGCGUGGCCCCGCGCGGCCCGGGAACCGGGGCUCUGACGCCCAGAGCUUCGCUCCCGGAGGCGGAGUGCCGAGUGCUGCCGCUGCUUCUCCGCCGAAUCCCGCGCUGCCCGCACAGCGACUUGCCUUCGCUCGCCGGGGUGCCGGGGCUGGGGAGGAGCUCUUUCUGGGGCGCUGCUGUCGGCUUUGCGGGACACCCAUCGUUUCCACCCUGGGAUUAUUACUUGGUUCCUUUUUCCUAUUGACCUGGCUGCAGCCUCAGCACCUAGUGCAGUGCCUGGCCAGAAGACUGUCGGGUCACUGAGGAGAGCAACCACCGCUGAAAGUCCGGGGCUUGCCACAGCGGCUCCCUCUGUGCCCAGGUUAACAGCAGACCCUCCCUUUGGCAGUGGCCAGAGGAGAAGGAUCCAUCUUCUUAGGACAUGGCAGGAAAGAAAGUGCUUAUUGUCUAUGCGCACCAAGAACCCAGGUCUUUCAAUGGAUCCUUGAAGAAAGUGGCGGUGGAUGAACUCGGCGCCCAGGGCUGCACUGUCACCGUGUCUGACCUGUACGCCAUGAACUUUGAGCCGAGGGCCACCAGGAACGAUAUCACCGGUGCUGUCUCUAAUCCCAAGUUCUUCAAUUAUGGGAUGGAAGCAUAUGAAGCCUUUAAGAAGGGGGCUCUGACCAGUGACAUAAUUGAUGAGCAGAAAAAGGUUCUAGAAGCUGAUCUAGUGAUAUUUCAGUUCCCGCUCUACUGGUUCAGCAUGCCGGCCAUCCUGAAGGGCUGGAUGGACAGGGUGCUGUGCCAGGGGUUUGCCUUCGACAUCCCAGGAUUCUACGAUGCCGGUUUCCUCAAGAAUAAAUUGGCCCUCCUUUCACUAACCACGGGGGGCACAGCCGAGAUGUACAUGAAAACCGGAGUCAGCGGAGAUUAUCGAUACUUCCUGUGGCCCCUCCAGCACGGUGCCUUGCACUUCUGUGGAUUUAAAGUCCUCGCCCCUCAGAUCAGUUUUGCUCCCGAGAUGGCCUCAGAAGAAGAAAGAAAGGCGAUGGUGGCCUCCUGGGCCCAGAGGCUGAAAACCAUCUGGGAGGAAGAGCCCAUCGACUGCACGCCUCCUUGGUACUUCGGGCAGUGACGCCGUGCGCCCCGUCCACGUCCUGGGAGCCGCGCCGUCCUGUGAUAAAACGAGGUCACAACCACACGAACUGGGCGUGUUGAACGCGGGGCAGACCCCGCGUCUCAGCCGGAUUCGGCGUCAGCAGGUUGCGCUCAGUGGUGUUCUGCUGCACGCUGUUGUUCGCCCAGCCUUGCUUUUCUUUCCGAGUAGCUUUCCCGCGCCCUGUUUUCAACCUUCCUGGGUGUUCUGUUCAGACAGUUCUCCUGGAAUGGCAUAGGUUUUGGGUUUUUUUUUGUAACUCAACUUGGGAAUUUCUAUUUUUUCAUAGGAAAGGUUAAUCUUUCACAGCUAGUGUUUUAAUGCUGUGUUCAUACUUAUUUUUUCCUUUUUUUUUUUUUUUUUUUUUUUACUUGCAUGCAUGGUGGCUAUGAAGGUUUCACUGAAUAGCCGUUUCACAUGCAUUUAAAAUCAUUGAGUGAGGUUACAAUGGGAUUUCUAAGAGGCGCUCCUGGGUGGCUCAGCGGGUAAGUGUCUGACUCUUGAUUAUGACUCAGGUCAUGAUCUCAUGGUUUAUGGGCUC